UCUCGCGCGCGGCCGCUCUCCUCCUUCACAGGGUGACACGUCUGCGGUGAGUGAGUGGCGUUGGCAGGCUGUCAAUCCCUCACCGGAGCGGCCAUCAAACAACAUAAAACACACACAGGCACCGGGCGGCGGGGCUCAUAAAUUCCAGCGGGCUGAGAUUUUUGCACAUUGCUUUGCAGAGAGUGUGUAAUUAAUUUUUUUACAGUUCUUUCCCCGUUAUUUCCGCUCUUUGCUUUGCACAAGUUCAAACUUUUGAUUGCUGCUGUUUUACCCCCGUUGCACAGACUUGGGAUCAUUUGUUAUUUUUGGGGGGGAGGGCAAUUAAUUUUUUUUUCCCCUCUAUGAUUGUGUUUUCUUGGCUUUUUUAUGUUGCAGUUUGGGGGUGGGGGUGUUCGCCUGGUUUGUUGUGGUUUUUGCUGUUUGCCACCCUCCUAACUUCUUAAGGAUUUGAAAGCGAGUUUUUUGAUUUUGUUGUUUUGUUGUGUUUUUUUUUUUAAAUUUUGCCUUUUUGCAAAGAAGAUUUUUGGACAAGUGGGGAAAGACAUAAAAAGCAACAAUAAAAAUAAAAAAAGGAAAAAAAAAACCUUUGAAGGAAGAUUGUACCAGGAAAACUGCAAAGAAACCUUAUCAACUCAUUUAUCCAAGCCACAAAUAUGAUGAUGAUGAAAGAAGAUUGUAACUAGAGAAGAGAGUGAUUUACUGCACUGGGAAGGAGAAGAGAGUGGAAUAAACAGCUGAGAUCCGGUCAAAACACAAAUACUGAUUUUUUGUUGUUGUUGUUUUGUUUGGCUUUUUUUUUUUUUUUUUUUUUUUUUGGUGUGUGUGUGCAAGAGCGAAAUAAGGAGUCAGAACUGAGCCUGACUUCAGGAGCCGGGCUGACCGGCGCUCGCUCUCCCGACGCCCGGCAGCGCGGCCCGGGCCGCGGCAGGAGGGAUGGACGAUCAGUCCCGGAUGCUGCAGACUCUGGCCGGCGUGAACCUGGCCGGCCACUCGGUGCAGGGGGGCAUGGCCCUGCCUCCUCCCCACGGACACGAAGGGGCAGACGGCGACGGCAGGAAGCAGGACAUCGGCGACAUCCUCCACCAGAUCAUGACCAUCACUGACCAAAGCCUGGAUGAGGCACAAGCAAAGAAACACGCACUAAACUGCCACAGAAUGAAACCCGCCUUGUUCAGUGUCCUCUGCGAGAUCAAGGAGAAAACAGGUUUGAGCAUCCGAGGAGCCCAGGAGGAAGACCCUCCCGAUCCCCAGCUAAUGAGACUAGACAAUAUGCUUCUGGCAGAAGGAGUCUCAGGUCCGGAGAAAGGUGGGGGAUCGGCGGCAGCAGCUGCAGCCGCAGCAGCCUCUGGAGGGUCUUCAGAUAACUCUAUUGAACACUCAGAUUACAGAGCCAAAUUGACCCAGAUCAGACAAAUCUAUCACACAGAGCUGGAGAAAUAUGAACAGGCAUGUAAUGAAUUUACCACACACGUGAUGAACCUUCUCAGAGAACAGAGCCGGACACGUCCCAUUUCUCCCAAGGAGAUUGAAAGGAUGGUGGGCAUCAUUCAUCGAAAAUUCAGCUCCAUCCAGAUGCAACUCAAACAAAGUACUUGUGAAGCAGUAAUGAUUUUAAGAUCAAGGUUCCUCGAUGCCAGACGGAAAAGGCGUAACUUCAGUAAACAAGCCACAGAAAUCUUGAAUGAGUAUUUUUACUCUCACCUCAGUAACCCCUACCCCAGUGAAGAAGCCAAAGAAGAGCUGGCAAAGAAAUGCAGCAUCACAGUAUCACAGGUGUCCAACUGGUUUGGCAAUAAGAGAAUCAGGUACAAGAAGAACAUUGGGAAGUUCCAGGAAGAAGCCAAUCUCUACGCGGCAAAGACGGCUGUUACUGCAGCGCACGCCGUGGCCGCGGCCGUCCAGAACAACCAGACAAACUCCCCCACCACACCAAACUCUGGUGGAUACCCUGCGUCAUGUUAUCAAUCAGACGGGAGGAUACAAUGAUGGCUUGGGAGGAAAUUCACUGUACAGUCCACAUAAUUUAAAUGCUAAUGGAGGCUGGCAGGACGCAACUACUCCAUCUUCUGUGACUUCCCCUACAGAAGGGCCGGGAAGUGUGCACUCUGAUACCUCUAACUAAUCUCCUAGCAACACUUUUUCCCUGAGCUGAGAUGCCUUGAUUAGCGCAUUCAGAGUCACAGGAGAAAAAGGAAAGAGUUUUUUGUAGCCAACCACCUACAGCUUUACUGUAAAACCUUGUCUUAUUAGAAAACUUGGUAAAUCUGUUUUUUAAAGGUAUCAUAAUCAUUUGUAUUUAUACUUAAAACACACAAUGUUAAAAAGCACUUUAUCCAAUUAGGCCAAGAUUUAGCAUUGUUUAUAGCCCUGUAACUAUUUUAUCAUAAUUUAUUAUCAGCAGUUUUAACGAUGUUGGUCUAACAGUUGCCAAUUACUUGGCCUUAAGGGUAAAAGUACAGGACGAGCUUAACCUCAAUAGCAAGAGCAGACACAAAGAAACACCUCACCUAAAUUUAACUUCGUGCAUAUUUCCGUGGAAAGUCGAAAUGAAUUGCAGACUUUGAUUGUGUUUAAUCUUUUCAUAUCUCUUAUAGAGUUGGAAUAAAAAGAGCUGUUCGGUUAUUUCGGUUAACAAUGGUUGUGUUUAAGAAUCCUUAUUCGUCACAUUUUUGUUGUGAUCUAUUGUCUUACAAAUUAGAUUGGAAACCAGGAGCAUCUUUUUCUUGCUAAAAGUACCCGGACCCCGAGUCUCCUCCCUGUAUUUCGACAUCGGACAUAGGUUGUUCUUAGGAGAUGAAGACACUCGCUGCUGAUCUCUGUGAAAGCCAAGACCCGGGGUUUUACAGUACGAGCUAGGUGCUGCACACGCCUGCCAAGAUGUGUUACCUCUUCUUGGCAGCAAACCACAAACAAACAAACAAAGGAAAAAAGCAAAGGAAAAAAGCACCAUCGUAUGGAGUGUUGUACAUAGUGUAGCAAAAGAGUAUUUAUACAUCUCACCAAUCAAACACAGCUUUAUUACCUCAUGCGAACUCAUACAAACCAAUAGACUUUCAACAUGUUCUGUAGCUUAGAGUGCUCACUUACUACCUCUGAACGAUACUCACGCUGUAGUUUGUCUCUUUCUUAUCUUUUUGCAUCUUGUAAUUAACUCUUUGUUUCCCCAUGAAAUGUAAUGUACAUUGUAAUCUUUUAAAAGAAUCAGGGUUGCGUUGGCAACUUUUAAAGAAGCGAAAGUGGAAACAUGGGGUCUUAGGUUUAACACAAAACAGUGAGACUGUUGUAAAUACUGAGAAACAUUUUGAAUGUUCUUCAUCUUGUUACUAAUCCACGCAAAAACCAACAACUAAUUGUGAUGCAUACAGACUUCAGUAUUCAGUACUGUAUAUUUCCCCCUGUGUAACAGGGGGCCCUUUCUUUCUCUCUUUUGUAUUGUAUGCGAUUCUGAAACUGAUUGAGUCAUGAAAAUAAUUUGUGGCAGUGAUUCUAAUGUAUUAAACCGUUUCGUGUUACUUUCUAACUGGAUUACACCCUGGAUUGAAAAGUCUUCCUCGUGGUAGUUAUAUGUAGUUUCAAACAUGAAUAAACUUUUUGCUUUCAUGAUCAAA